CAUGUUAGGAGUUGCUCUUCAGUGCAGCUAUUUAAGUUGCUGUGCACUAUAUAUCUGGGAGACAUUAAAUCAUGGUGGUUCUGUCGCUGUCAGGCACUGAUCAGAUAACUAUCGGUACAGGUGCUCUACAGACCGGUAUUGGAAGAGUGAAAUUAUACGACAAGGUUACUUCACCAAGUGCUAUAGUGUCCUUUUGACCAUGACAUACUAUGGUAUAUAUUCCGGUACAGUGUCAUAGGCACUUAUGUUCUGUUAGUUAUCAUGAUGGAAUCAUAUUCCAAGAUAGUUGUAUCACGGAUUAUGCCUAUAUCUAUGCAGUAUCACGGUACCAACAACGGUAUAAUGAGAUGGCAUCCUGUGAGCUGUAUUGUCAAGAAGCUACCUUGUGCAGUAGUGGUGAGUGAUAUAGGGACGCCCAAAUGCGUGCUGUGCUAACGCUGCUUAUCAGAAAGCACCCCUAUUGCUAGUUAACAGUAAUAUUAGCACAGCAACGUGUCGUAUGAGAUUAAUGU